GCAAUAAAAACCCCGAUUAAAAAUGAUAUUGGCUAUUCAUAUUCUCUUUCUCCUUUUUUGGUUAUUCCCAUUUUUUCAUAUCGUAAAAAUCCAAAUCGAUUUUCUUACAAAAUGAUGAAAUUAUUAUUGAUUGCUGCCGCAGCUUUUGUUGCCGUUUCGGCUGAUCCAAUUCACUAUGAUAAAAUCACCGAAGAAAUUAACAAAGCUGUUGAUGAAGCCGUCGCUGCAAUUGAAAAAUCCGAAACAUUCGAUCCAAUGAAGGUGCCCGAUCAUUCUGAUAAAUUCGAACGACAUAUUGGUAUCAUCGAUUUAAAAGGUGAAUUGGACAUGCGAAACAUUCAAGUUCGAGGAUUGAAACAAAUGAAACGUGAAGGUGAUGCUAAUGUGAAAAGUGAAGAUGGUGUUGUCAAAGCUCAUUUGUUGGUCGGUGUUCAUGAUGAUGUUGUUUCAAUGGAAUAUGAUUUGGCAUACAAAUUGGGUGAUCUUCAUCCAAACACUCAUGUCAUUUCGGAUAUUCAGGAUUUUGUUGUCGAAUUAUCGCUCGAAGUUAGCGAAGAAGGUAAUAUGACAUUGACAUCGUUCGAAGUACGACAAUUUGCCAAUGUUGUCAAUCAUAUUGGUGGUCUUUCAAUUUUGGAUCCAAUUUUCGCUGUCUUAUCCGAUGUUUUGACCGCUAUUUUCCAGGAUACCGUACGUGCAGAAAUGACCAAAGUAUUGGCACCAGCAUUCAAAAAAGAAUUGGAACGAAACAACCAAUAGACUUACACACAACAUAACACUGUUAUUUUUACACUGGAUAAUCAAAUGAAAUAAAUUUUUUUAUCAUUUUGUU